CAUAAAGAGAAAGCGAGAGUGAGAGAAAUCUUUUGAAAAAAAAAAACUAAAACCCUAAAACCUCCGCGUAAUCAAUGCCGGUCAUGAACAUCGGUCCCGUCCCUCAAUCUCAUGAUGGGUUUUACGCAACGAAUAAUCCGUAUCAGGUGAACGGGCCGAAAGGGUUUACUGAGUUCAAGCUCAUGGAAGAGAACGAGGAUCUGUACGCGAGGCUCGAUUUCCCUGGAGUAACCAAAGAAAGUGUGAGAAUCCUAGUGGAGCCAAUGAAGAAGGCUGUUUUUGUGUUCGGAGACGCACCGAAAGAGUUCAGACACGAUUCUUCUCACCGCAAAUACGGAGCCGCCACGGGACUUAUCUGCGAUUGUUGUGAGAUCAGUAACAUUCGGUGUUAUGUUGGAGAUGGUGUCGUCAGGCUCGUUCUCUCCAAGAAGAAGAUCAAUCGUCAUGUCCCUUCCUCCUGUUCUUUUGGAGGUGCCACAUUGCCUAAUGUUCCUUUCCUUGGUCACAUAAUUCAUGGGUAUAACCCAGAAGUUGCAGGCGGCCAUCCCCUUGCUCAUCUUCGUGGACAUAACCCAGAAGGUCGCCUUGGCACUAACCCUCUUGAUCCGGCGUUUACAGGUCCGGUCACACUACCCAACCCUUCAGUGUUGGAGGGAUCCACGAGUGCGUACGAAUCAAAGCAUCUCCCAAACGGCGGUCUCUUCCUGCGUAUUGACAUGCCCGGCGUCCCCAGCGAUCGUUUCACGGCGACGGUGGAAAGUGACGGUGGCAUCACUGUCAGCGGACAAGCUCCUCCAUCUAUGCAUGACUCGAGUGGGCGUGAGUACAGAGGCAAGGUCGCCGUCGUUCCUCUAGGGUAUGACAACCGUCGGAUCAAAGUAAUCGCCAAACAUGGUGUCAUCCGCCUUAUUAUAAUGGUGGUCCCUCUUACCGUUGCUCCUCCAUCUAGCGAUGGGUUUUACGCGGUUAACAACCCGUUUCUUGUAAGUGGACCAAAAGGGUUCACAGAGUUCAAGAUGCUUGAGAACGAGGACAUGUUCAUCCGGAUUGACUUCCCCGGUGUUCCACAAGACAGCAUAAAGGUCAGGAUCGACCCGACCAAGAAAGCUGUGUCUAUCGACGCCGUCGCACCGAAAGAGCACAAACAUGACUCUUCUGCUCGGAUCUACGGCUCCACUACUGGUCUCGUCUGUAGAUGCUGCGAGAUCUCCGGCAUGGUCUCACACAUGUCGGACGGUGUUCUCAGGCUUCACCUCUCCAAGACCCACGCCCCAUCACCAAGCCCUUCAUGCAUCUCGUUUCUUGGUGGCCCAGACCGAGAAGAUCGCUGUAGCACGGGUCCUCACAAGUUUCCUCACGGCACGGAUCCACAUGACCCGGCGUUAACCGGUCCGUUACUGGAGCGACACCCAUGCGUGAACAUAGGCUCGGAUAUGGCCUAUGAGUGGAAGAUUCUCCCUAACGGCGGCUUAUACGUGCGUGUAGACAUGCCGGGUGUUCCCAAAGACAGGUUCACCGUCUCCGUCGUGAAUGGGAGAGUGACGGUGACUGGUGAUGCUCCUGCCGUUAGCCUUGACUACGGUGGCCGGUUCUACUCUGGUGAGGUGGCUACGCUCGACAGCAAUGUUAGCAUUCCUGGCCGUAAGAUCAAGACCAUUGCCAAGAACGGUGUGAUCCGUUUGAUCAUCCCUCCCAUCUGAUUUUAGUGAUGAAACCAUGCUUGCUUCUGAUUCCUAGUUUAGUCUUGUGGACUUCUUCUUUGAAGGUUAUGUCGUUAUUUUGAGGGUACUUUAUGUCGUUUCAUGUUUUUGAUCAACUCUGGAUAUGUUCCUUGGCUAAAAACUUACUUUACCUAUUUUUGAUUAUCUCUUAAAAUUAGGCAGCCUUUGAUCUGCAAUACAAAUGUACGUUCUUUAAUAUUGGUAACUACCAAGGACAUCGUUGUAUUUAAA